ACUGGGUUUAAGUUUUUUAACAAAAUUGGUGAGGAAGACAUCUGCACAGAAUCUAAAAAAUGCAGCCAUGGUACCUUAGGGCGCUGGAAAAGGCAAUGCACCUGACCUCUGGGGAAGCUGAUCUGAGAGGCACGCGGGACGUCUUGGUGUGGGGAAUCUGUGUGGAGAUACGUCUGGAGACAGUGAGUCAUACUUCCUGACCUUAUAACCAUGCAGCUCAGCAGUCUCUGCGAGAGUCGGCUCCCUGCAAUUUGUGUUCCAGGAUCCAUGGAGCACGUAACACAUCCUGAUGCUGUUCUCAGCCUUCUGUGGCCUCUUGGUCACCGUUUCCUACCAUCUGAGCUGGCAGAGCAGUGACCCAUCUGUGUUCAUGUUCUUCAUUCAAUGCAGACUGUUUCCUAAGUUUUUACAUCAAAAUCUGGAAGAGUCAGCUGCUGAUCCUCUCCCCAAGAAGAUGAAAGAUUCUGUGACGGAUUCCGGCUUUGUCACCAGGCUGGAGUGCGCUGGCCCAAUCUUGGCUUACUGCAGCCUCCACCUCCUGGGUUCAAGCAUUCUUCCUCCUCAGCCUCCGGAGUAUCUGGGACCACAGGGAUCCGUAAUACAGCUGGCCCCUAAUUGAAUGAAAGCAUCACUUUCAAAGCAUCACUGCAGGAUGAGUAUUUUGUGUCAAGUGGAUUCAAGGAACAGUGCGAAGGAUCCAUGGCUGAAGACCCUCCCAAGAGCCAACCGUCCUGGGCACAUAUAAAUGAGUGGAGACAUGGAACUCACCCUUACAAGGCCUAGAACCUGACAGAGCAUACAAGACUGAAGCCCAAAUAACCAAGAACAGGAAGCUGAAGUCCCCUUAUAGGUCACUAUGGGGAACUUCCUAGGCCCCAGGGCUGGCCUCAUUUGUGCCUGGUGCCGGGAGGCAGUGGCGUCAUGUUGUGGGACUCAGUCUGUGGCAGCUACACCACCAGAAUCCACGACUGCAGAGCCUGACUUUGUAUAUGCCGGAGUGGUGGAGGUCCAGCAUGUGCAGCCCAAGUCAAAGCGGCGCAAAGGUUUGGCUGGCCGCGUGAGGAGCUGGGUACAAAAACGGAGGCGUAAAAAAAUUUGCCCCACUGCAAAUGAAGCUCCUCUUCAAGACCAGAAGAAAACCUUAAAGAGACGUGAAAACCUUAAAGAGACAUCACCUGACAUAGAGAAACAUGUCACCCAGUAUUGCCACCGUGCUGUUCAGGUCCCACAAGACCUCAGCCUGGAACACAUCAAGGAUGAUGAGCUACCCCGUGAUGUGGAGAAGCCCACCGUUUGGUGUUACCGCCGUCCCGUUGAGGUCCCGCAGGACCUCAUAUUAGAAGACAUCGAGGAUGAGGAGCUACCCCGUGACGAGGAGAAGCCCGCCGUUUCGUGUCACCGCCGUCCCGUUGAGGUCCCGCAGGACCUCAUACUAGAAGACAUCGAGGAUGAGGAGCUACCCCGUGACGAGGAGAAGCGUGCCAUUUGGUGUCACCGCCGUCCUCUUGAAAUCAUCUUAGAGGAUGACGAGGAUGAGGACCUACCCCGUGAUGUGGACACCGUGACAGCCCCAAAUGACCUCCCUCCUCCUGAGGAUUGCAGGAGCCCCAAGUGUGAGGAAGAUGGUGAGGGUUCAUCACUCGCUGUUGACGUGUCGUCAAGUGACCUGGCGAGCACGGUCGGACUCAGAUCCCAGACAGAGGAAGAAGAUCUGGACGUAAGACUCCUUUGUCUUCUAAAGAAAUUUCGCUUUUGUGAUUUCUUCUCAAUUAAUCUGGAUAUGAAAAUCUGAAAAUGUACAUUAUGUACAGUGUAUGCAAUUCUCUUUGUGGGGGUGAAAUUCAGUGGGAAUGUCUUCCCAAAUAACACGCAAUACACUGGGAGGUUUUCAAAUGAUAGCAUCCAUUAUCGGCUGUAAUGCAGAGGCACUUUCCUCAACACAUUUUCCUCCUUGGAUUAAGCAUUGUGUGUUUGCCCAUUAAAUCGACUUUAAAGGUGAAUUCUGUGAAUAAAGAGCUUGUUUUUCCAUAAGCAUCCUCAUGAUUUUGAGGAUGUUGACCUAUGGCUCAGCCGCUGUGCCACUUCUUGUUCUCUACCCUUGCCAAGGGAAUAACAGAUCUAUGUGAGGCACACCACAGAGUCUCAGCCUCAUAAUGUUUUCUUUUAUGUAAUUGCAGGGAAUAUCCCAGAAA